CCUCCUCCUCCUCCUCCUCUUCCUCCCCGGAGCUCCGCCUCUGGCCCGCAGCUCACACCUGGCGGACGGAGUGGCGGCGGCAGGUAAAGCUGAGGAAGAGCUCGGUGUUCCCGGGUGAGGAAGAGGAGGCGCAACCGAUAAAAUCCGUCAUCAUGGGUGAAGCUCCAGUGAGUGAAGAUGGUACAGUCACACGAUCAGCAGAGUAUGUCGGCUCAUUUCCUGUGGACGACCGCUGUUUGGACGACCAGAUAGAGCAACUGCACGCUCAGCUGAUGGUGCUGAAAACGUGCAGGAGGAGACGACCUGUGUCCCUGAAGUUCUCCAUCAAAGGUGUGAAAAUGUACAAUGAGGAUGAAACGACCCUCCUGAUGGCUCACGCCCUGCGCAGAGUCUCUCUGUCCACCGCCCGACCCACUGAUGCUCAGUUUGCCUUCGUCUCUCACAACCCAGGCAGCACUGACACCCAGCUGUACUGCCACGUCUUUCAGGCUCGGCACGCCAGACACGCCCAGUUCCUGAAUCUGCUGCUGUGCCGAUGUUUCCAGCUGUCGUACCUGGAGAAACACCCCGACGAGGCUCAGACAGACUCCGAGGGUUCACUGCCUCGUCGUAACCCCUCGCUGCUCAACCACGGCUUCCCUCUCAGUGUCAGUGCCCUGGUGUCCUUCAGGAGAGCCCCAUUCCAAGGGCUGCUGCCCGGCAUCAAGAAAAGCCACAAGUCCUCUGAUAACACACAGAGCAGCCAAGAUGACGUCUUCCCCACCCCCUCCCCCUCGCUGGUUCGCAAGAAGGCCAUCCGCACCAAAGCAAUGCGCUCUGGGGCUUACCGGUCCUUCACUUUCACUCCACUCAAACAGCGCCUCGUUCAGGAGCACCUGAGCGCAUCACAAGAAAAGGCGGAAGACAAGACACCAGCUCCGAGGUCCCGCGCUCCGAGUCUCGCAGAAACAGAAGAAGCACUGGCUCAAACGGUGUGGUGUUGGGCUGGUAUCGCAACUGACAGCAGCUACUCUCUGCUGGCAGACGAUGUGCUGGGGUCGUACCUCCUGUGCCCUCACCCGAAAAAACCCAAAUGUGGCUCCCUCAUCAUUCGCUUCUCCUCCGGCCUGGUGACCCACCUCAUAGAAAACACUCGCACGGGAAAAUUCCUGCUGGAGAAAUGCAGGACUGAGUUCAGUUCCCUCGCUGAACUGAUUGAACACUACACUGAGACCCAGGACGAGCUGCCGAGUCUUCUGAGCUGUGCCCGAGUGAACCACUGCUACGAGUGGGAGGAGAACACCAGCAAACAGUUACCUGUGAAGUUACACAAGUUCUUCAGUCUAGCCAAAAUUAAAAGUACCUCUAGAAAAUGGUUUUAAACUCUGUGGCUUGCCAAACUGUGAGGAUCCAAACUAAGUGACAGCUUUUCUUUUUAUCUUUUUUGCACAAACUGUAAAUCGCUCUUACUUCAAAAUCACAUUUGGUGUUGCGGAGGGGAUUCCCAAACUAUAAUGCACCUAUCAACAGUGUUGGCACUUAAUGUAUACACGUCAUUUCAUGGAAGGGUACUGCUUUAUCAAAGAUGUUGCUGUUUUUAUGUCUUUCAGUAUAUAUUUUUAAGUAUUUUUAUAUGUGUCUGCAAGGCGUCAGAGGUUAUUUGUGUUUUAAUGGUGUGUUGUUGAGAACUCUGAUUUUUGCACCUGAACCAAUUUUUGUAAUCUUUUUUUUUCUUGCGUUUUAAAGACAUUAUACAAAUAUAUUUUAUCGUUUCAUUGAA